AUGUCCCAGCGGGUGAGGCGCAAUGGGUCCCCCACGCCGGCCAGCUCCCUCGGGGGCGGUGCGGUCGCCACGGUCGGGGGAGCCGGGAGUCGCCUGCAGCCCAUGAGGGCGACGGUUCCGUUCCAGCUGAAGCAGCAGCAGCAACAUGGCAGCCCCACGCGGAGCCCCCCGCGGCCGCCGCCUCCGCCGCCGCUGCUGGGCACCGUGUCCUCGCCUAGCUCGUCGCCCACCCACCUGUGGACCGGCGAGGUGAGCGCGGCCCCACCCCCAGCCCGUGUCCGGCACCGGAGGAGGUCUCCGGAGCAGAGCCGUAGCUCCCCGGAGAGGAGGAGCCCGAGCGCCCCGGUUUGCAAAGCAGGUGACAAAGCACGACCACCUUCUUCAAGCCCUUCCAGUAUCAUCCGCCGUACUUCCUCUUUAGAUACACUUGCUGCUCCAUACCUUGCAGGACACUGGCCUCGUGAUAGUCAUGGACAAGCUGCACCCUGCAUGAAAGACAAAGCUACACAGACAGAAAGUGCAUGGGCUGAAGAGUAUGCUGAAAAGAAGAAAGGGUCUCACAAGCGUUCAGCAUCCUGGGGCAGUACAGAUCAACUUAAGGAGAUUGCAAAAUUACGUCAGCAGUUGCAAAGAAGUAAACACAGCAGUCGGCAUCAUCGAGAUAAAGAAAAACAGUCUCCAUUCCAUGGAAACCAUGCAGCUAUUAACCAGUGUCAGGCUCCUGUUCCAAAGAGUGCACUUAUUCCAGUCAUUCCCAUCACUAAAUCAACAGGCUCCCGGUUCCGGAAUAGCGUGGAGGGACUAAAUCAAGAAAUUGAAAUAAUAAUUAAAGAGACUGGUGAAAAGGAAGAGCAACUUGUACCACAAGAUAUUCCAGAUGGCCACCGUGCACCUCCCCCCCUUGUGCAGAGAAGUAGCAGCACACGCAGCAUUGACACACAGACACCUGGUGGGGCAGACAGAGGAAGCAACAACAGCAGCCGCUCUCAGUCUGUGUCCCCAACUUCGUUCCUCACCAUCUCCAAUGAAGGUAGCGAGGAGAGUCCUUAUUCAGCUGAUGACCUGCUUGUUGAUCCUAGGGAUAAAGAAAAUGGAAACAAUUCUCCUUUGCCCAAAUAUGCAACCUCACCAAAACCUAACAACAGCUACAUGUUUAAAAGGGAGCCUCCUGAGGGCUGUGAAAGGGUCAAAGUCUUUGAGGAAUGUUCGCCAAAACAACUUCAUGAAAUCCCAGCCUUUUACUGUCCUGACAAGAACAAGGUGAAUUUUAUUCCUAAAAGUGGCUCUGCUUUCUGCCUCGUCAGCAUCCUCAAGCCACUCCUUCCUACACCAGAUCUCACCCUCAAGAGCUCAGGGCACAGCCUGACAGUCACCACUGGCAUGACAACCACUCUGCUGCAGCCCAUUUCAGUGGCUUCCGUGUCUACAAACACAGAGCAAGAGCGAGUCUCUCGAGGAACAAGUACAGUCAUGCCAUCGGCCUCUCUACUUCCACCACCAGAACCAAUCGAAGAAGCUGAAGGGUAAGUUCCAAAGCUGUGCAGCCAUUGAUCUGGCAAACUGAGAACCUCCUCAGAUCACCUGACUAUGAUGGCGUGAUGUGCUCUCAGUUGGCUGUGA